AUGCCAAUAUCUCUAACUCGUUGUCCUACAGGCCUCCUGUACAUAGUUAGCAAUUUCUUCGCAUCUAAUCUCAUUUCAAAAAUAUUAUUUAUCAAUGCAAAAAACGGAGCAAGAGGAAACGCUGCUACAAAUAUUGUUAUAAACCCGUAUUGUAAAACUGAAAAUAUUCAGGGAACAAACUUCUGGGUCCCCAUUCAACAAGUUUGAAAUCUUUGAGCCACGGCCACUGUUUUCUCACGAUAAAUUUCUCCUUUUGUUUAAUAUGAUUACCAGCUUUGAUCUGAACUUUCCAAGUAUUCAUCCAUUUAUAGUACAACGGAAAUAACAUCUCCAAUAGCGAGUUCAUGAACUGUUUACCGAUCAUAAUAAUACUUAAUUGAAUACAAAGUUCAGUUAAACACCCUCCAGGCCCACAUUCUUCUUGCCGAUAUCGAAAGAACCUUUUAUAAGU